AUGAUUACACAGUACCGGGAAUUUCUCUAUAAGCCCUGCAGUUGGAAAUCCAACAAAUGUCUCUCGCUUCAAUUUGUAAAAUCCCCCAGUUUGGCUAUUCAGCUAUUUUUCUUCUUCUUUUGUUCUUGCUCAUCGUUUCCUUUAUCUUUUCUUCUUCUUCUUCUUCUUCUUCUUCUUCUUCUUCUUCUUCUUCUUCUUCUUCUUCUUCUUCUUCGUGUCUUCUUCUUCUUCUUCUUCUUCUUCUUCUUCUUCUUCCUCCUCUUCUUUUUCUUCCUCUUCUUCGUCUUUUCUUUUUCUGCUUCUUCUUCUUCGUGUCUUCUUCAUUUCCUUUUCUUUUUGUACCUUCUGCGUAAAUCCUCCUCCUCCUCCCCCUCAUCUUCCUCCUUCUUCUUCGUGUCUCUUCUUUGUUUCUUUUUUUUUCUUCCUUUCGUUUCUUCUUUUUUCUUCUUCUUUUUCUUCUUCGUUUCUUUUUCCUCUUCUUCUUUUUCUUCCUCUUCUUCGACUUUUCUUUUCCUGCUUCUUCUUCUUUUUCUUCUUCUUCGUGUCUUCUUCAUUUCUUUUUCUUUAUGUACCUUCAGCGUAAAUCUUCCUCCUCCUCCCCCUCCUUUUCCCCCUUCUUCUUCGUGUCUUCUUCUUUGUUUCUUUUUCUUCUUCUUUUCGUUUCUUCUUUUUUUCUUCAUUUUCUUCUUCUUCGUCUUCGUCUUUUUUUCUUUCUUGCUUCUUCGUUUCUUAUUGCUUUUUUCUCCUUUUUUUCUUCUUCUUCGUUUCUUCUUUUUCGUUUCUUCUUUUUUUCGUUUCUUCUUUUUUUCGUUUCUUCUUUUUUUCGUUUCUACAUUUUCUUCUUCCUCUUCGUCUUCUUCCUUUCUUUUUCUGUUUAUCUCUCUUCGUUUCUUCUUCGUCAUUACUUCUCCUUUUUCGAUCCUUCUUUUUUCUUCUUCUUCGUUUCUUUUCUACUUCUUCUUCGUUUUUCUUCUUCUUCUUCUUUACAUUUGUUUACUAGCAGAAUACCCUGCGUUGCCCGGGGACCGGGGCACUUAA